GGGCUGGGUGGUUUCGGACGAGACUGUUCGUUUAAUUCAAAUAAAACCGUCCACUGUUCCUGCUGCUUGACCGUUAGCCUGCUAGCGAACGGCUAGUUAGCUUCAUGGCUUGGUGUUUAAUUAAGGUUGAGCUCCAGGUGCUUUUGUAGAGAGGACAUUACUCUGUGAACGUGCCGCGUUCGAAACCCUUUAUGUCCUGUGCUGUUCAUUAGCGGAUAGUUUGGCGGUGCACUAGCUUGUCAGUGACACCGUCCGUAUGUGAAGCGUAACAGCUGGGGACGAUCUCGGUUGACAGGACACCUGCUGUGGGGAAGAAGCAUGGACGCCUGCAUCAGCAGAAAGUAAAUGGCCUUAAAAUGUUGGCAGACUGAGACGUCGCUUGUGUUUAAUUUGCACAGUGUAUUCACAUGAAUCAGGAGCUCAGUGUCUGAGUGGGUCUGUGCCGCAGACUCUGAUUCUCAUCCUACCAGUCAGCUCCACGUUGUCAGACAGAGCAGAGGGAGGAGGGGGUUAAAGAAAAAUAGAGUUUCAGCUGGUACAGUUGGAGAAGGAAGCAACAGUUCCCAUCCCCUUUUUUUCCCUGUUCACACUAUCAGCUCCUCUUCUCUGCAGUGCAACUUAAUACAGUCGCAAUGGAAGGACUGUGGGCUGCUCUGAGCUCAGGAUGAAGGCUGAAGGAUAGCAUCGAGAAGUCAGUGUCCGAAGCGACCCCACGUCCCUUUCCUCCACACUUUCUUAAACCCAACUCUGCACUUUGAUGGAGUUCAUGAACAGUCCUGCUGAUGCUCUUCUGACCCAAAGAGGGGAUGAUUCUCAAAUGUGAAAUAUUAUAUUGAGACUGGAUGUCACCAUCAUACCCAUCAAAGAUCACCGCCUCUGUAGGUUUCUCAGUCUGGUUCCAGCAGUAUUUUUCACGAUCCCGUCCCUUUUUUUUAGCGUGAUUGGGCCAUGGUUCGCAAGAAAGGUUCUCUUAUACUAUGUGGUGCUUUCCUGUUCGUUGCCUGGAAUGCUUUGCUUCUACUUUAUCUUUGGGGUCGCCCUCCCAUCGGCCGCCCCGGAGAAGGCGGGGGAGCCGAACCAGGAGGGAACGGGGAGUGGGAAGUGGGCAAAGGAGCCCAUGCCAACCUGGCCGGCGAGGUGAUUCGGCUAGCGGAGGAGGUGGAAGUUCAACUGGAGACCCAGAAAAAGCUGCUCAAGGAGAUUGAAAGUCACAGAGCAUUGUGGGCUCGGCAGAAGGGCGUUGGCAAAAGACAGGCGGCUGAUGCAAAAGAAGCGAAAGAUGACGUUAAACCCCCGCCAUCAAAGCCGCCUCCUCCUCUCGGAGAUAAAGUAGAUGACAAGGCCCUGGCUGUAAUACAGCAUACACAGAAGCCCGUUCACACAGUAGCUCCAGACUCUAAGUUAGAACAGCACCAGUCCAAUGAAAUAAAGGAAGAGGUUGUCGAGACGAAUGAUUUACCGACAUCUGCUGCCAGCCCAGGAGUCGUCAUCCCUAUUCUGGUUAUUGCCUGUGACAGGGUGACUGUAAAACGGAGCCUUGACAAGCUGAUACAGUACCGCCCCUCUCCACAACUGCACCCCAUCAUCGUCAGCCAAGACUGCGGCCACGCCGAAACCGCCCGCGUGAUCGGCUCGUACGGCGACCAAGUGACGGACAUACACCAGCCGGACCUGUCGGACAUCAGAGUCCGCCCGGAGCACAGGAAGUUCCAGGGCUACUACAAGAUUUCCAGGCAUUACCGCUGGGCUCUCAACCAAGUGUUCAACACCUUUUCCCACUCCGCUGUCGUCAUUGUGGAGGACGACCUGGAGGUGGCACCGGACUUCUUUGAGUAUUUUCGAGCCCUGUACCCGGUCUUGCGCGCCGACCCGACCCUGUGGUGCGUCUCUGCCUGGAACGAUAACGGCAGGGACGCCUUGGUGGAUCCGGCCAAGGCCGAGCUCCUCCACAGGACAGACUUCUUUCCCGGACUCGGCUGGAUGCUGCUGAAGGAGAUGUGGGACGAGCUGGAGCCCAAAUGGCCCCUGGCCUUCUGGGACGACUGGAUGCGUCAGCCAGAGCAGCGCAGGGAGCGCUCAUGCAUCCGGCCGGAGAUCUCGCGGACGAUCACCUUUGGCCGUAAAGGCGUGAGUUUAGGUCAAUUCUUUGACCAGUAUCUUCGUUACAUUAAGCUAAAUACUCAAUUUGUGCCUUUUACCAAACAAAAUUUGUCUUAUUUGUUGAGAGAGAACUACGAUGAAAAGUUUAUCAAAGAGGUUUACAGCGCACCACUGGUGAAAGUUGAGAAACUGCAACAAGGAGGCAGCUUACAGGGCCCCGGACCGUUCCGGGUGCAGUACUCCAGUCGGGACAGUUUUAAAGUCUUAGCCCGAAAUCUGGGCGUGAUGGACGACUUAAAAUCUGGAGUUCCUCGCACCGGUUACAGGGGCGUGGUCAGUUUCCUGUACCGGGGCAGGAGGGUGUUUCUGGCUCCACCAGAGGGAUGGACGCACUAUGACAUCAGCUGGAGCUGAGGGUCUCAAAUCAGACAGUAACAACACAUGUGAAUUUGGUUGAAGAGGAGACAGAGCCCGAAUCAGAGGAACUCUCUCUCAGACCAAAGAAAAUCAGCAGAUGCUGUGGUUCAUAAAGAGACUGACGCAGCACGGACGGACGACGCUGCAACACCAGUGGAGCUGCGAGAUCAGGUCUUCACCCGGGCCGCCGCGGUGGGGAAGCUUUCUAAAGUCGGGUGCUCAUUCAGGAUCAGUAGGUCCAGAGCCACACAGACCUCAAGUGGAGCUCCAACAUGUAGGAAAGGAAGAUCACACCCUUAAAAAAAAAAAAAAAAGAGCUACUAUUGGCAACGUGCCUUUCUGUAUGGGCCCACUUUCGUUUGUUUUUAUUUCUGUGAAUAUUGGCCAAAUAUAGACUCAACAUCACACCACACAUGGGAGGUUCGGAGCGGAAGUGUCGAUGAGAAGAAGCCGACGAGAUGAUACUGCAUAAUGAGGGAGCCGCACACAAACAGAGUGAUCAUUAUCCGGAACAAAAGAAAACACAAAGAUGUAUGCAAUGUGGGUCACGUGGAAGGAAGGUGCUGAAAUUGACUCGAGACAUUGUUUGCAUUUUUCUGUCUUAAUUAGAAGCAGAGUCGUGUGCAAAAGGAGAACGAGAAAACAUCCGCAGAGUUUUAGGUGGUAAACAAAGGCCACGUCACAGGCCCGAUGGUUGUCAUUAAAGAAGAAAGGCUUCUUUAUUAGUGAUACUGAGCACACGAGGAAUCACAUGAGAGGCAGACAGCUUUGAUCCAGCUCUAACUACACAUGCACCAAAUCUGGAUUUAUAUAUAUAUCGGCUCUCGAGCUGCAACAAUUAAUCAAUUACUCAAUUGCCAACUGUUUUUGAUUUAUUGGUUUAAAUAGUUUUUUUUAAUAAAUAAAAAAAGUUCUCAAAUUUUGAUUAGCUUCUUAAAUGUGAAUAUUUUCAGUUUUUUUUGUUGCUCCAUUUAACAAAGAAAUCAUUCACAACAUUUUGAGGGUUUGUUUUUUUUAAACAACGAUCAACAUUUUUAUGGACCAAAAAACAAAUGGAUUAAUGGAAUAAUCGUCAGAUUAAUCGAAUAUGAAAUUAGUUGCAGCCACUGACACCGAUACUGACGCCACAGCUCUUUGUUUUCUUUGAUUUUAUUGUGAAAGGUUCUUCGAGACUGAAAGUGUUCACGUUGCCAAAAUUCUACUUCACUCUGUCCUUAAAGUUCAGCUUUUGGAACGUUGUUUGAACGGAAUAAGAAUGCAAAGACUAACGUGAAUAAUAACAUAUUUAUGAUUCCUAACAGCCAUGAAUCUGGAUCAGUCUGUGUGUUGGUGAAAUCGGAGUCCAAUAUCCAGUCCGUAAAUUUAGUCAAUAUUGUCUCCUGAUGCAGAUAUUGUAUUGAUCUGAUCUCUUGCAUCAGUGUAUCAUCACCAGCUCAUGAUGUCUUUGGGUUGUAAAUGUUGAAUAUCUUCACCUGGGCAAAUGAAAACGAUACAACAGUAACAUUAUUUCACGGUGAAGUUCAGCGAAACUUUAAAGGUACAGUGUGUCAAAUUUAGCAACAUUUGAAUGUCCCUCGCCCUUACCUUCCAAGUGUGUUGGAGAAUCUAUCUAAUCUGUGUCUUUGACUGCAUUACAGUUUGUCCAUUUUAGGCCUUUGAAGAAAAGCCACAGUGAUCCAAAAUGACUCGUAGAGCCGACCCUGCUGCAGAUGUAAAUAUUAAAGGCUCAGUCUGCGGUUAUGAAAAAAGAAUUAAUAUAAACAUAAAUGCACACAGUGAUUUUAGGCCCUCACAGCUUUGUCCAAUGGAAAUUUUAUUUUUUAGAUCUAUAUAAUCAUCUUUAACCUCACCAAAUCUUACACAAUGUCCCCAAAAGGGUGAUUUGCUUCACAUGUAAUACUUAAUAAAAUAGAAAUACAACUCGGUUCAAACGACACAGAUAAUCAAACAUGUGACACAUAGAUUAAAUAAAGUCAUUAAUCAGAGUUUCAUAAUUAGUUUAAUAACCCUUCUGUUACCAUCCUGUCGUCGCCCACACGUAGUAACUCCUAGGCCGUUUGUUAUAUCUAGAAAAUUCAAAAACUAUGGACUGUCGAUUUGUCCAGGGAUGUUACCCCGCCUUUUGCCCUAUGUCAGCUUAUGUGGAGGAUAAAGCAGUAGCAGACAGAUGGAUUGAUAUUGGAAAGCAGAGAAAUGGAGCUUAGCGCCCAUAUACUUGUCACUACGGUAGCCCCUCAGGACUUCCACGGAACGACCGUCCAAUCACGGACGAGAUUCACAAGCGCGUUGCACGUUUGUGACAACGUCGGCUUCUCAGCACCGUAAUUCCUAAAUGAUUGAAUAACUGCCAGAUAUUAAAAGUGAAAGUUAUCUUGGGGGGGGGGAAACAAGGGUCAGAAGCACUCACUCAUUGACACAUUUUCUGACCAUUCUACAGCCAUAAAAUCAGAAAUGAAUUCAUGCAACCUCAUUAUCAUGAUGGUCAUACAAGGGUAAAGUGUCUCUGAAGAGAGACACCGGGUUUAUUCUGUGCUACUGCAGUAAUAUUAUGUUCAUAUCUCUUCUGUACUACAGUCAGGCUCCCAGAAAUUAUUUGGAUAACAGCAGUUUUGGUUUGACGCAUAUUGAGGCCGUCAUGGUUCCAUCUUCAUCAGGGCUGCAGCGAUUAAUCGAUGACUGAAUGAAUCGUCAACUAUUUUCAGAUUUCUCCGCUUCUUAAAUGUGAACAACAGUUUCUUUGCUCCAUAGAACAAAGAAAUCACCAGAAAACAUUAUUUUGUCAAGGUUUGGGAAACCCCAACCAACGUUUUCUGGACCAAACAAGAACUCCAUUAAUCAAGAAGCUGAUUAGUUAGUUGCAGUCGGUCUUUGGUUCUCCAGCUCCCUGUGGCUGUGUUCAGAAGGUUGUGGACUCCUCACACGCGUGUGUGUCUUUGCGUCUAAACCGGUCUAUUGAAGGAAAUGAUUUAACAUGAAGGAUGAAAUGACGAAAUUGUCGAACGUGACGUUCUGAGCUGCGAAUGAGAUUCAGUCAUGAUGUCACUGAUAAUCACUCUGAAGCGUUGUAAUUACAUGACUUCCAAACCGUUGUUUGGUCAACUUAGGUUUGUUGAAGAACCAAUGAUUGUUUUGUUUUGUUAGAUUUUUAUUUGUUUGUGCACCAGAAAGGCUAAGAAAUGAUUAUCACUGUACUGUAAUUAGUGUUGGGAGUUUAUCAGCAGGAUUGAUUGAUUGAUUGAUUGAUUCCCAUGUCUGUAUGGUGAUGUGUAAAACCACUGCCUGAUGUGUUUAUAACUUUAACACAGUAUAAAUAAAAAUCAACUAUUUUGAUAUUUGUC